AAACAAAAUCAAGAUGAGUAUUUAGGGUUAAACAAAACACAAAUGAUCGAAUAAAAACAAGGUUAUGAUGUUGUUGUAUAAACGGCAUAAACAAGACACAAGACCACCAGAAGGUGCCGCAACAACAACAACAACACCUACACCGCAUAAGUUACAGCAAAAUACAACAGCCUGUCUUUAAAAAAAAACUUUCCUUUUUAAUAAUAAAUCUUUCUUUAAAUACCAUCUCUCUUCUUCUUCCUCUGCUUCUUUCAUCUUCUAAGAAACAAAGAAGACUUCACAUUUUACCAUUAUUUCCUCUGCUCUGCUCAGUGGGAGAGUUCAAGAAACGAUGGCAAAGAAGCAAUUAUCAAUCUUUAUCGCUGUCGUUGCGCUUCUCGUCUGCUCUGCAUCUGCUAAAACCGCAAGCCCUCCGGCUCCAGUCCUGCCGCCGACACCAGCUCCAGCACCAGCCCCGGAAAAUGUGAAUCUCACCGCACUUUUAAGUGUAGCUGGUCCGUUCCACACUUUCCUUGACUACCUUCUAUCAACUGGAGUCAUUGAGACAUUCCAAAACCAAGCUAACAACACCGAGGAAGGCAUCACAAUCUUUGUCCCCAAGGAUGAUGCUUUCAAGGCUCAGAAGAAUCCUCCUUUGUCAAAUCUCACAAAGGAUCAGCUCAAGCAGCUUGUUCUCUUCCAUGCUCUUCCUCAUUACUAUUCGCUUUCGGAAUUCAAGAACUUGAGCCAAUCUGGUCCAGUGAGUACCUUUGCUGGUGGUCAAUACUCCUUGAAAUUCACAGAUGUUUCUGGCACGGUUCGAAUUGAUUCUCUAUGGACCAGGACUAAAGUUAGCAGCAGUGUUUUCUCCACUGACCCUGUUGCUGUUUACCAAGUUAACCGCGUGCUUCUACCUGAAGCAAUCUUUGGUACUGAUGUCCCUCCAAUGCCGGCUCCAGCUCCUGCUCCUGUUGUUACCGCUCCUUCCGAUUCUCCUUCUGCUGAUUCCGAAGCCAAUUCUACUUCACCAAAGUCCUCACACAAGAACUCAGGACAGAAGCUGCCACUUGCUCCAACCGCCAUGGUUCUUUCCGGUUUGGUGGCAUUGUUCUUGUGAUCAAAUGGUUUAGCAGAUUGAGUAUGUUCUAAGUUACAAUGUGAAAGAUUGUAUUACAUCAUUCCAAUUAUCUUUUGAUUUUUGAAACCCAUUUUUUAUUAUACAUUUUUAUCAUUAUUAUUGUUGUCAUUACCAUUGUUGUGAAUUGAGAUUGUUCCUCCAUUUUGCUUUUCUGUAGUUGAUUUUGCUUCAUUUGCAAGUUAAAAUGAUAA